AUGUACGACGAAAGCGUCAUGUGUAUACGGACUCCCAAUGGAGUACAGAUAGGACCUAUCAGGGUACCGGUGGCUAACACAUACGGUCCCGAGAAGGGUAAAAUCAACGUGGAGUUGGGCUCACCAUUUUAUGUCCACCUCCAUGAUAUCCCUGAGUACUCAAAGAUCUGCAUUGCUCAGACCGAUGUGGAUAAUGAAUAUGACAACAUUAUGAAUAAGGCUUUGCGGUCUUAUAAACUACAUAGGGACAAAGAGCGGGCAGACACUCGACAAAAACUACUAAAAACCGCCUAUAAAAGGCGAUGGCAUGUGCCCCACGCCCCAUCACGGCCGGCUACUCCCGACCGGAAACCACGCCCUAAAUCGUCCUUACCUCCUAAGAUGGACGCCAUCAAGGAGGUUUUAGAGGCAAAUACAACCAACGGAAGUUACGACAGUACGGAACCGAAGAAGCCCGUGGACGUGAAACGUGUGACCUUGUCAAUGGACGCCCCAUCCAUGUCCAGCUCGUACAUGAGAAGGAAUCAACAGACCAGCCAGUCGUGGUACAGCCAAAGCUGUCCCUCAACCAGCUAUCUCCACAACCACAUGAUGCGACAGUACCAGUCCAGUGGUUCCGCUAGUCCGGCCUCCUCCUCCUCAAGUAAAUCUUAUUCCGGUUCCGGUGCAUCGACCAGAGCCUCGUAUUCACCCCAACUCAAGAAAAAGACUGACUCGUCUCCCAAAAAGAGACCAGAAUCUGCAAGGACAAAUUAUUCUUAUGAUGGAGGUAUAUUUGUACCUAACAAACCCAAACAUGACUACUUUGUGAUUCACCCAGAUUGGGUGUCGGAAGCCAUGUCCAUACAGAAACUGAGUCUGAAGGAGCGCCGCCCUGUCAGCAGAACUGGCACGUGGCCCGGCAGACGAUGUAAAAGUGCCCCGCCUCCCAAACUUCGUAACCCUAUCACGUGGGACGUUGUACAUGGAGAGGAUAGUAAAUAUUGA